ACAAUGCCUCUCGGCGGAACCAUUGGCUUGUGCUGCACGGUCGCAGCGCGCGGUCUCUUUUUAUGUUAGUGUUACGGAGUUAACGCUUUUUGGUUGAUAUAACUGUCCGAGAAUCAUCAUAUAGCGUUUUUCUGAGGGGGAGACACCGACAAGCCGCCAAGAUGCCGCGAAUCAUGAUUAAAGGAGGCGUUUGGCGCAACACGGAGGAUGAGAUCCUCAAAGCAGCGGUGAUGAAAUAUGGGAAAAACCAGUGGUCUCGUAUCGCCUCCCUGCUGCACCGCAAGUCCGCCAAGCAGUGUAAAGCCAGAUGGUACGAGUGGCUGGACCCCAGUAUCAAGAAGACGGAGUGGUCCAGAGAGGAGGAGGAGAAGCUCCUCCACCUGGCCAAGCUGAUGCCCACCCAGUGGAGGACCAUCGCUCCCAUCAUCGGCCGCACCGCCGCCCAGUGCCUGGAGCACUACGAAUACCUGCUAGACAAGGCGGCACAACGAGACAAUGAGGAGGAAGUGGGCGACGAUCCAAGAAAGUUAAAACCAGGAGAAAUCGACCCGAACCCGGAAACUAAACCCGCCAGGCCCGACCCCGUGGACAUGGACGAAGAUGAGCUGGAGAUGCUGUCCGAGGCCAGAGCUCGUCUGGCCAACACCCAGGGCAAGAAGGCCAAGAGGAAGGCGAGGGAGAAGCAGCUGGAGGAGGCCAGGCGGCUGGCUGCUCUGCAGAAGCGGCGGGAGCUGAGAGCCGCGGGAAUCAACGUCCAGAAGAAGAGGAAGAAGAAGAGAGGAGUGGACUACAACGCUGAGAUCCCCUUCCAGAAGAAACCUGCUGCGGGUUUUUACGACACCAGCAUGGAGCAGUACGACCCGCUGGAGCCCAACUUCAAACGGCUCCGGCAGCAACACCUGGACGGAGACCUGCGCAACGAGCGCGAGGAGAAGGAGAGGAAGAAGGACAAGCAGAAGAUGAAGAAGAAGAAGGAGAGCGACCUGCCGUCCGCCAUCCUGCAGACCAGCGGCGUGGCCGAGUUCACCAAGAAGCGCUCCAAGCUGGUGCUGCCCGCGCCCCAGAUCAGCGACGCCGAGCUGGAGGAGGUGGUGAAGCUGGGCGUGGCCAGCGAGGUCGCCCGCCAGGCCGCCGAGGAGAGCGAGAGCGGGAACCCGGCCUCCUCCACCCUGCUGUCGGAGUACAGCGUCACCAACGCCAUGGCGGGCGGCCUGCGGACGCCGCGCACCCCCGCCGCCCAGGACCGGAUCCUGCAGGAGGCCCAGAACCUGAUGGCUCUGACCAACAUCGACACCCCCCUAAAGGGGGGCCUCAACACGCCGCUGCACGAGAGCGACUUCAGCGGCGUGACGCCGCAGCGGCAGCAGGUCCAGACGCCCAACACGGUGCUCAGCACGCCCUUCAGGACGCCCGGACCCGGCCAGGGGUCGGAGGGCAUGACCCCCCAGGCCGGAGGAGGCGUGACCCCGCGCGGCGCCGCCACCCCGGGUCUGACCCCGGGCCGCACGCCGCUCAGAGACAAGCUGAACAUCAACAGCGAGGAGCAGCUGGGCGACCCGUCCUACGCCAAACACCUGCAGAGGGAGAGCCUGCAGCAGCUCCGCCAGGGCCUCCUGUCCCUCCCCGUCCCCAAGAACGACUUCGAGAUCGUCCUUCCCGAGAACGCAGAGAAGGAGCUGGAGGAGGCGGAGACGGACUCCGGCUUCGUGGAGGACUCGGCCGACAUCGAGGCCCGCAAGCAGGCUCAGCGUGACGCAGAGAGAGAGAAGGAGCUGAAGCUGCGACACACUCCAGUCCAGAGGAAUCUCCCCAGACCCACCGAGGUGAACGAGUCGGUGCUGCGCCCCGCCUCCAUGGAGCCGCUGACGGAGCUGCAGCAGGCGGAGGAGCUCAUCAAGCAGGAGAUGAUCACCAUGCUGCACCACGACUGCCUGCACCACCCGCCGGGCGGCUCGGCCAAUCAGCCGCCGCGAGGCAAGGGCCGAGGCCCCGCCUCCACCUCCAACAACGCCUCGCACAUCAGCUACCUGGAAACACACCAGUACAAGACCACCAGCACGGAGGACAUGGAGCAGGCCAAGGCGCUGCUGGCCUCGGAGAUGGAGGUGGUGAAGGCGGGGAUGGGCCACGGCGACCUGAGCAUGGAGGCCUACAGCCAGGUGUGGGAGGAGUGCUACGGACAGGUGUUGUACCUGCCUGGACAGAACCGGUACACCAGAGCCAACCUGGCCUCCAAGAAAGACCGGAUCGAGAGCCUGGAGAAGAAGCUGGAGGUGAACCGGGGUCACAUGACGGCCGAGGCCCGCAGGGCCGCCAAGCUGGAGAAGAAGCUGAAGAUCCUGCUGGGGGGCUUCCAGUCCCGAGCGCUGGGGCUGCUGAAGCAGCACAGCGAGCUGUGGGAGCAGGUGGAGCAGGCAGCCACAGAGCUGCAGACCUUCACUCAGCUGAAGAAGCAGGAAGACACCGCCAUUCCCCGCCGACAGGAGGCUCUCAGGGAGGACGUGGAGCGGCAGAUGGAGCGCGAGCGCGAGCUCCAGCAGCGAUACGGAGAGCUGCUGACGGAGAGGGAGGCCUUGCUCAACAGCACUCAGAAGUACUGAGCAGCUCUCUCACACACACACUCACACACACACUCACGCACUCAUCGGACGACGCGCCCUGAAGCCGAGGUGUUGGACCCCCCGCUGUGACCUGGCCGCCAUGUGUUUCUGUAUCUGUGACCAAUAAAGCUUCUUUUAAGACUCUG